AUGAGAGGGUUGGAGAAUGAAAUGAGCUGUUCACAUAAAGCACAUGUUUCGGCAUCAAUUAAGAAGUACCUCUUCGACGAAGACUCAAUGCUAGAGGCAGACCCUCCGUCGAAACCUGAACGGCAUUCAAUAGCGCUGGUGUUCGCGGAUAAAGCUUUUAUUCAUGUCCAUAUCGCACAGCACGAUACAGCCAUUGUUCUACCGUUCAUCAUAGUAAUGAUGGUAUCACUUCAAUCGAUUAUGGUAACGGUUACACCUUGCUAA